AUCGCUGACGCUGCCACUGCUUUCGCAAUACAUGUAACUACAAGUCCUACCCCAGACUAUGGUGCAUGCAUUAUCCUACGCGCGGCUUUGAUGUCGCCACGGUAAAUCGCCCAGAGUCGUCUGAUUCACAUACAGAACAGCCGCAUAUGUCGGGGACCAACCCCCGUAUUUCUCGCCGAUAGGAAUAAGAAUAAGAAUAACAAUACCGCCGGCAAAUGAAGAAAGACCGACAGCAAUGUCCCGUCCCCAGGUCAGCAUCGAUCGCAUCACGCCGCGUCGGGUCACCGCUGAGCCACGCGAGUCGAUGAAUUGCAAAUCAUGUCGGAAGCGAAAGAUCAAGUGCAACCGUAUGCGUCCGAGUUGUGAGGCAUGCAAGGUUUUUCAGUGUCCCUGCGUCUAUGACGCAGUCCCGAAAAAAAGAGGUCCGAAGACAGACGUCCUUGAAGCUUUACUGAAACGCGUCGAUGGUCUGGAAAGGCGCCUACAAGAAGAAAAGGGCCCCGAUACGCCAGCACCAGAGAUCGCAACACCCACUGGCAAGCGAGAAAUGGCGAGGUAUUCGUCAGAUGACGCGGCUGCUACUCGAAGAAACACCGUUACCUCGUUUCAAAGCCCUGCUCCCGUCCCGUCAACAGACACCAGCGGGGAAGACAUAUCGCCUCUAUCGUUUUCCGAUCGUCGUAGUUCUCUCGCUUUUCUUUCGACAUACAAUGGCUUCGACAACAUAUCGGGCCAGUUCCGACAGCACCAGCAGAGUCCGCAACAAACCAUCCUCUCAGAUGCUAUCCUAGACCUGUUCUUCUCCCGCAUUCAUGGUAAACCUUUCCAUAUCCUGGACGAAUCAGUGACCCGGCAAAAGCAUCAGAUGGGACAGUUACCGUCGCCUUUGAUGAUUGCGAUAUAUGCGAUUACUGUUCGAUAUGCCAAUCCCCUUGGUGGCCAAGAAGGUCUAGUGCGGUCUGGCCUCGAAUAUGCAUUACAAGCACGACGGGAGGUUGAUGCGGACAACCCUACUAUCGAGAAUCUUCAGACGUUGCUGCUUCUCUCCAUGGGUUUCUUGGCUUACGGAUUUGGAAAGAAAGCAUAUAUGACUUUAUCAAAUUGUUCGGCUAUGGUUUCUGCGCUCGGCCUAUACCGUGAGCCUUCACCGAACUUGAAUCUAUCCCAGGCAGAGAAAGAAACCAGACGGCGGAUGUUCUGGGCUUGCUAUAUGAUGGAUCGCUUUGCUACUUGUGGCUCCAAGCGGCCGUGUCUGAUAUCCGAUUAUUCAAUUUUCCUACGCUUACCGUCGUGGUCAUCAACGCCGUCUAAUGGGUUAUACGUUGAGGGGGAAAUAUUCAACAACUCCGGCCCUAAUAUCCAAUUCAUGUCGGGUACACGCAAAAAAGGCCAAGGAGCAACUGCGUUGCUUAUCGAUAUUAUUCGCAUUCUCGGCAUCACAAGCCGGUAUCUAGCAGCUGGUGGGGUCAAGGGCGAUUCUCAUUUUCCCUGGCACUCACUCUCUAAUCUCUCUAAAAUCCGCCAAGAGUUGGAUAUCUGGGCGGCGGGCAUGCAGGACAUAUUCGUUUCGAUUGACUCCCUUUUCAAUCACCCAGAUGGCACGAUUUUGCUUCUGAGCAAACUCAUCUACCACCUUAUUCACUGUUUAAUCUACCGUCCCUUUCUGCCAAUCGAUUUGGCAGAGCUCAGAGGCUCAGGACAACACCAGUCGUGGCAGAUCGAGGCAACGAAUUUUUGCUUCCUGCAUUCGAAUGCGAUUGCUGAACUUGUCGAAUUUGGCCGAAAUUCGCCGUUGGUAGAAUGGCCCGCAUUCAUCAGUUACUGUGUAUGCACGGCUGGCACAGUCCAUGUCCAUGGAGUCCAUUAUAAAGGGCUAGAUGGAGAAGUCUUCUCAUCGAGCUCCGAUUUCCUUGCCAAGGAGAUGCAGCAACUGUCCUGGCUGCGACAUUGCUGGACCGGAGUCCAGCACCAGCGAGAAAUGCUUCAGACUAUCUAUACCUGUCACUCCGAGCUCGUACGGAAUCUGGCGAAUAGCACAAUGCGCUUUUCACCAGUCUUCCAUCUCGAGGACUUUUUUGAUCGAUAUCCGGGGAUUGCGGUUGAUAGUUCUCACGUCAGGCUUGUUGAUAAAGCGGCAGAUAUUGGGAGUGAUAGUGCCUCUCUGCGCCAAUCUCUCGAUAGCCACAGUCAUUCUCUUUAUACCACACAAACUAUGGCCGCUCCAGCUUUACCUCCAUUCCACCUCUCCCAAUCUCAACAGCACCAUCGACAGCUUAACAAUUCCGACUUUACAUCUUCCCAGGCUUUACAUCACGACCCUGGUUCACUACCUAACACGAAAACACCGGAAAUCCCGAAUAUCCGCUUCCCCACUGCCCAGCAUUCUCAAAUAGCCUCAGCCCUAUUCCCCCAAUCCGUCAAUUCCCCGCCACCAUUCCCAUCUUUACAAAGCCCUCAAAUACCAAAUGCCUUCUCACCCACAAUCGGACUAUCCCCGUCAGGCUUCCUUACAGAAUCCCUCACCGCUCCAACACCCCCAUCAAACCCUCAGUACGCCAUCUUCCCCUUCGACGCGGCACAGAACCAACCUGGCGUCUCACACAUCACCGCGCAGACUCCCGGCGGACGGUCUCAAACAAGCGGCUCCCACGCAACAGUCAGCGAGGGCGGCGGCCCGCCUUCCGAAAUCGACCCUUUCCUGAGCCUACUCGAGCAACUAGCUGAGAAUGAAAACUCGCAGGGCGGACCCAGUGAACUCGACUACUUUUUGAGCGGCACCCUCGAUGUUGCCCCUGAAACAGAGUCGGCGGUGAUUACUCCGAAUCCGGACACGUUUGGGAGGUUGAUUACAGAUGAGACUCAGGAGCCGGCGGGGCAGGUUGCUUCGGGUCUGACAGCGCCUAGCAACCAGGGCCCUGGUGAGUGAUGGUGGUGAGAAAUGAAGCUUAGCUUAGCUUUGUGUGGAGUUUUGGAAAUGAGACUAUGAUUUAGAUACCCAAUGCGGAUUUACUUUUGCCUACCUUG